AUGAUUGAUGAAGAUCAAGAUGGACACUAUAAACUCUGGUAUGGACUUGUACUCAUUAGUAUUGUCAUUAGCUUCAUUGAAUGGUAUAUGAGUAUACCAGCGAGCAAAUACUCGUGGAUUGUGGGCAAUACAUUGUUUGGUAUUGUAGCACUUGGUGCUGUGCCUUUGUUUUUUAGUAUGCAGCCAAGAACUAGACGUUCACAAUAUGAAGAUCUUGUGAUGGAACAAGAACAGGAUCAAAAAAUGCACAAAGUGUCGGAAGAAGAAGAGGAACAAGUUCAGAUCAUGCAAGGGGCAGAUGAGUGUUCAUCUUUGUCGUCGUCGACUUUUGAUUCAUAUGUAGAUGAAGAGUCAAGGCCAAAGGCAAAAACUCUGGUAAGGCAGCGGUCAGGAGGAGGAAGGAGUGACAAGGAGACGGCGGUUCGACAGUUGAAAAACGAACAAGGCAAACGAGAGGGACAACCAAUGACCAGAUUGAUCUGUGGUUGUGGCUUUUGCGCGUUGGUGCUGUGGCUCAUCAUGUUUUCAACGUACAGCUCUGCACGCGGAGGAGAAGUUUCGACGCGGUCCUGGUUUUUGCUGGAUUUGCUGUCACCUCUUUUGUGCAUUGUACUCUUCUGCUCCCGUGUGGGAAAAGCCCGCUUUAGUCUUGAAUACGCGGUGGUGUACAGUACGCUCAUUGUGCAUAUCCCGUUGUUUCUCGGACACCUAUGUGUGCGGCUGUUUGUGCUUGCUAAAGACUUCUCGGCUUCGUCCACGACUAGCAGUGAGUCAUGGCUCAAGCUGGCAAUUUCGGUGCUCUAUCUGAUGCUAAUGCAGAGCUACUUCUUUGUGAUCACUCACAUUGUAAACAGCAUGUCGGAACCCUUUGCGCACCCAUCGCUGCUGUAUGUGGGGCAGCUGUACUACUAUGUUUUCUGGUACAUCCUUGUGGGCUCAGACACACCCAUUGACACGUUGUACUGGGGCAUGCUGUUCCUGAACAACAUUCAUAUCGCUUUUCUCAAUACGGGCAUCUACACGGAUUUCAAGCAUGCAUCGUCAGUCUGGUUGACUGUACCGUUGUGUACCUACAUGGUGUCUUUCCUUGCAUUUUGCCUGCGCUCAACGACCUCAGCAAUAGAAGUUUCAAGAUGUCUACCGCACAAGAGAUUACCGCAAACACCAGAAAUGUUGGGGCUUAACUGCGGUGUAGCCGGAGCAGCAGCAAUGGAGACAAACGUCGAUCUAUUUCAUAUGAGCAAUGAUCACGAUUGUGAGUAUGACAGUGAGUACGACUCGGAUGGCCUUAUCGUGGCACGAAAUGUCGACGAAAACAAAAGUAGUAUUGGCAAGUUGCCAUCCUGGCAAGCAAUUGGUAGCAGAAAUCGUGAACGAGACCGAAUUCGGAGAGAUGCCCACACUUCGACUGUUGACAUUAUAUCGUCGUCUCAAAAGACGGGCAUAUGCAAGACAUUGACUUUGCGCGACAAAUGUUCGCAUACGCAAAUGAAUUGCCAAAACUGUGUCAGCGAAACAAGUGAAUUCUCUCGAUCUGGUAGCGGCAAUACGGUUUCUGCAACUUUAGCGACAAAUUCUUCCUUGAGGGCAGCUACCAGCGACGCUCUGAGACCACUCUAUUUUCUUAUGAAGCUAGCGGAACAAGACAAUAUGGCCGAUACGACAGCACUAAUAUUAGUGCCUUCACUUUUGACGCUACUAGCUGUGUUUGAGAAGCCAGGUAAUGCUCUUUCCGUGCUACACGACCAGAAAAAUCUGUGGCUGCGCUGUGUGUGCAUGUUUGUUGGUCGACUUGGUGGUGCAUUCCUUGCACGUGAAAUCUUCACCUGUAAAUUGCGGUCACGUUUGCGCUCUUCAUCCGAAAACUUGGGCAAGACAGCACAGUCUGAUGCUAUCAGUGGCUUCAUCGAUGGCAUGCCUGCCCGACUCUGGAUACAGCGUCUGAUGUUACAAGACUUUCACGCCCAAUUUUGGUAUCUCACCGCUGUGACCAUCGUGGUCACUUUCGGCUGUUUUGCCCGUGUGGACUUGCCACUGCGCUUUGCACUACUUUCAUGA